AUGGUUGCCGCUAAGCACGUCAAGAUCGUCAAGAAGCGCACGAAGCGCUUCGAGCGUCACCAGAGUGAUCGCUUCAAGUGUGUCGACCCCAGCUGGCGCAAGCCCAAGGGUAUCGACAGCCGUGUCCGACGACGAUUCCGCGGCACCAUUGCCAUGCCCUCUAUCGGCUAUGGCUCCAACAAGAAGACCCGCUACAUGACCCCCUCCGGCCACAAGGCUUUCCUCGUCAGCAACGUCAACGAUGUCGAGCUUCUCCUCAUGCACAACCGAACCCACGCUGCCGAGAUUGCCCACAACGUCUCGUCGAGGAAGCGAGUUGACAUCAUUGCCCGCGCCAAGCAACUGGGUGUCAAGGUCACCAACCCCAAGGCGAAGGUUACCACCGAGGUUUAA